AUGGAGCCAGAACGGCGGCGACGCAGGCCAGCAGUCUCCUGCAUUCUCUGCAGAAGACGGAAAAUCCGGUGCAACAGAGAAACGCCCUGCAGCAACUGUGCGAAAUCCAAAAAUGCCACGUGCGUCUACAGGGACCCUCCGCGGCCUCCGCGGCCGGAUGGCCCGCUGCAUCCCUUAGUUGGCGAUGCAAGCCAGACGGUGCAGAUCCAGACAUCCGAACCCGCGGCCAUGUCGCUGUUAACUCCGGCUUCUUCCGAGCCCACACACCACGGUUCUUCUCGGCCACCACCACAACACACAACUGCUCUCACCGGCUCUACUGCCACAUCUGCUGCUGCCAGUCCAUCGCCAAGAACCUAUGGCCAGCCCAGCAGUAGGCGACCAGCACCAGAACAGGCUGUGUCAUCAGGCCCGAGUCCAGCGAACACGGCAUCGGUCUCGACAUUCACGAGAGAUACUCAUGUCGAGACGAAAACGCUACAUUUAUCUGACUUCACUGCUAACUACCAUCUGCACACUGAGCACCGCUCGGCCGGCCAGUCCCAGUCCCAGGUCGUCACGAAAUGCGUCACGCACAAGACACGGCUGUUUGGCCAAAGCCAUUGGGUCAAUGCGGUCGGCCUUCUUAGUGACAUGAUUGAGCUUAUCCAGCGUUCCCUGCGCGACCCUAUGUCCAAACUCCUUGUCAUGGAGAGGCGGUGUAAAUCUCUGGCCAAAGUCAUCAAGGCCCGUCGACGGCCUCCAUGGCCCUGCCCACCCACUCCCGAGCUGCCCGGCAGGCUUGUUUGUGAUGCGCUGGUUGAGUGCUAUCUUGACACGAGCGAGGCUAUCUUCCGCGUCUUGCAUGUUCCCAGUUUUAGGCGCGACUAUGAGGCCGUCUGGGACCCGAGCAGAGACCCGGAUCCUGCCUUCUUGGUCCAGCUCAAACUGGUGCUUGCCAUCGGUGCCGCAGCCUAUGAUUCCACCUUCUCCUUACGUCCCUAUGCCAUACGUUGGGUGUACGAAGCGCAGACAUGGCUUUCGGAACCCGAGUUCAAGUCCCGCCUCGACAUUCCCGCGCUGCAAACCAGUAUCCUGCUCCUGAUGGCCCGCGAAGCGACAGGGGUGGGUGAGGAAAUGGUUUGGGCAACGUUGGGAACCACAGUCCGCAUCGCCAUGUACAUGGGCCUGCACCGCGACACGGCGGGCCUGGGUCUUGUCACCGUCACCUUGCUAGUAGCGGAGAUGCGCCGACGGCUUUGGAAUACGAUCCUGGAACUCAUGUUGCAUUCCAGCCUAACCUCGGGCGCACCGCCGUUGAUCACUCUCGACGAGUUCGAUACGAAGCCACCAGGGAACUUCGAUGACGACCAGCUAACGGACCAAGAAGGCGAUGACCUCACGCCCAGGCCAGACGAACAUUUUACCCAAACAACUAUAGCCAUUGCCCUCCGCAGCACGUUCCCUCAGCGGCUGGCUGUCGCAAAGCAUCUCAACGACCUCUCCUCCCGCCCCACUUACUCCGAGACUCUCAAGCUCGACGCAGAGCUCCGUGAAGCGUACAGGACCCUCACCCAUACGCUCCAGGCAUGCAAGAGUGCCCCGAGAAGCCCAUCCGAACUGGGACUCCGCACUGUUGACUUGAUUCUCCGCUGGUUCUUUAUUGCGCUUCAUUUCCCCUUCUUCGCUCCCGCCCUCCGAGAAGCCGAAUUUGCAUUUUCGCGCCGCGCCGCGGUCGAAAACGCCCUCCGUUUCUGGCGCACCGCGUUCCCUCACCCGCUAUCUUUGUCUGACGAUUUGGCCGACGACCGCCUCGGGCGCAUCGCCAUCAACGGAUCAGGCUUCUUCCGCACCACGGCGGUCCGAGCACUUGUCGGCAUUGCUAUUGAGCUGCAAACGCUUGCCCGGGAAGAACAGGGCUUGAGCCUUGGACCCGUCGAGUUGAGACCCGAUUUACUGCUGGCCAUGGAAGACUUCACGGUCUGGGCUUGGAAGUCCCUGGAGACGGGGCAGACGAAUGCGAAAUGCUACCUCGUGGCUGCUGUCAUCCGCGCGCAGUUUGAGGCGGUGAGACAAGGACUGAGUCAUGAAGAUACGGAGGCGUUCGUGUUCAAGGAGGCGGAGGCGGCCGAGGAAAGGGCUCUUGGGCUGUUGGAGGCGAUUGAAGCCAGCGGUCGGCAGACUCAGGAAGACGCGGUUCUGGGUGUGGGUGUUGAUGAUGUGGGUCAUGGUCUGGACCUGACCACAGGGUUGAGCGUGGAUUGGAAUUAUCUGGCAUCAGAUGCCAUGUUUAGCUCGAUGGAGAUGGACCCCAUGAGCUGGGUUCUCCAGUAA